CUUAGGUUUGUUCUGGGACACAGUUAAGUGUCUUGGGAGUAGUUUGGCACAGUAAGACUUGUUUUGAGCUUUUAAAAGGCAGAACAAAAGUAGCUUUAGUCUAGGGGUACUUUAUUUCCUAUUACUGAGGAAAUCCCCUCUGAGUACUUUAUAUCUUCUAUAUUAUGAAGGCUUUAAGCUGUUACUGUUGGCGGGGGGCACAGACAAAUCUGUGUUGGCUGUGAGGAUUGUUCUACAUAUUCCCUUCCAGUACUUUCCCUUGGUUAGGGUAGUUUAAUCACAUGUACAUGCAUGCUUAUCAGUUCUCAGCUGAAAACCUAACAGUAGCCCUCUACAAAUCUCUUGAGUUUAUUUAGUUGUUUCUUCUCUGUUACUCUGCCUUAUGAAUUCUAGCCCCCUUGGCCUUUCUGCAUUUUCAGCUCUGUCCCUUCAACUCAAGGGGAUUGCUGGACUCUGUGUUUUCUCCUAUAUAUACUAUGGCCUAGAAGUUCUUUCUAGGCAGUAAGGUGGGGUAGUUGCCAUGUUGCCUAUUGUCUGAUGUUUGAUAACCAUUGUUUUAUAUACAUUGUCUGGCUUUUUAGUUUAUUAAGGUGAGAGUAAAUCUAUUUCCUGUUACUCCAUAAUGGGCAGGCAGUAGAGAUAAUUGGUUGAGAGGAAAGAAAUAUCUAAGCACAAAAGGAAGCGAGAGGUGGGGAAGAUUACCAAACAUCCUAAAACGUAUUACCUCAUUUGGAAAUACUUGGGAGACAGGAAAAAAUUUCUAACAAAAUGGCAGCUUUUCGAAACCAUUGUCUGCAUUUGGAUUCAGUUGGUGAAAUAACAAAAGAAGACUUAAUACAAAAAUCUCAUGGUACUUGUCAGGAUUGUAAAGUCAGAGGACCAAAUCUUUGGGCAUGCCUGGAGAAUAGAUGUUCAUAUGUUGGUUGUGGUGAAUCCCAAGUAGAUCACAGCACCAUACAUUCUCAGGAGACAAAGCAUUAUCUAACUGUGAACCUUACCACUCUUCGAGUAUGGUGUUAUGCUUGCAGCAAAGAAGUAUUUUUGGAUAGGAAAUUAGGAACUCAGCCUUCUUUGCCUCAUGUAAGAUCACUUCAGCAAACACAAGAAAACAAUGUCCAGGAUUUUAAAAUACCGAGCAAUACAACAUUAAAAACUCCUCUGGUUGCUGUAUUUGAUGAUUUGGACAUAGAAGUGGAAGAAGAAGAUGAGCUUAAGGCAAGAGGUCUUACAGGUUUGAAAAAUAUUGGAAAUACUUGUUAUAUGAAUGCAGCUUUGCAGGCUCUUUCUAACUGUCCACCUUUGACACAGUUUUUUCUUCAUUGUGGAGGACUAGCUCGAACAGAUAAGAAACCAGCCAUUUGCAAAAGUUAUCUCAAACUGAUGACAGAACUCUGGCAUAAAAGCAGGCCAGGAUCUGUUGUGCCCACUACUCUGUUUCAAGGAAUUAAAACAGUAAAUCCAACAUUUCGGGGCUAUUCUCAGCAGGAUGCUCAAGAAUUCCUUCGAUGUUUAAUGGAUCUGCUUCAUGAAGAGUUAAAAGAACAGGUCAUGGAAGUUGAGGAAGAUACUCAAACUAUAACGACUGAGGAGACCAUGGAAGAGGACAAGAGCCAAUCAGAUGUAGAUUUUCAAUCCUGUGAAUCUUGUAGCAGCAGUGAUAAAGCAGAAAAUGAAAAUGGCUCUAGAGGCUUUUCUGAAGAUAAUAACGAAACAACAAUGUUGAUUCAGGAUGAUGAGAACAAUUCCGAAAUGGCAAAAGAUUGGCAAAAAGAGAAGAUGUGCAAUAAGAUUAAUAAAGUAAAUUCUGAAGGAGAAUUAGAUAAAGAUAGAGACUCUGUGUCUGAAACAGUUGACUUGAACAACCAGGAAACUGUCAAAGUGCAAAUACACAGCAGAGCUUCAGAAUACAUUACUGAUGUCCAUUUGAAUGACCUGUCUACAUCACAGAUCCUCCCAUCAAAUGAAGGUGUUAAUCCACGUUUAUCAGCAAGCCCUCCUAAAUCAGGCAAUUUGUGGCCAGGAUUGGCAGCCACACACAAAAAAGCUCAAUCUGCAUCAUCUCCAAAGAGGAAAAAACAGCACAAGAAAUACCGAAGUGUUAUUUCAGACAUAUUUGAUGGAACAAUUAUUAGUUCAGUGCAGUGUCUGACUUGUGACAGGGUGUCUGUAACCCUCGAGACCUUUCAAGAUCUGUCCUUGCCAAUUCCUGGCAAGGAAGACCUUGCUAAGCUGCAUUCAUCCAGUCACCCAACUUCUAUAGUCAAAGCAGGAUCAUGUGGCGAAGCAUAUGCUCCACAAGGGUGGAUAGCGUUUUUCAUGGAAUAUGUGAAGAGGUUUGUUGUCUCAUGUGUUCCUAGCUGGUUUUGGGGUCCAAUAGUAACCUUGCAAGAUUGUCUUGCUGCCUUCUUCGCCAGAGAUGAACUGAAAGGUGACAAUAUGUACAGUUGUGAAAAAUGCAAAAAAUUAAGGAAUGGAGUAAAGUUUUGUAAAGUACAAAAAUUUCCUGAGAUUUUGUGCAUCCAUCUUAAAAGAUUCAGACAUGAACUGAUGUUUUCCACCAAAAUCAGUACCCAUGUUUCAUUUCCGCUGGAAGGUCUGGAUCUUCAGCCAUUUCUUGCUAAGGAUAGUCCAGUUCAGAUUGUUACCUAUGAUCUUCUGUCAGUCAUUUGUCAUCAUGGAACUGCAAGUAGUGGACACUAUAUUGCCUACUGCCGAAACAAUUUAAAUCAUCACUGGUAUGAAUUUGAUGAUCAAAGUGUCACUGAAGUUUCAGAAUCUACUGUGCAAAAUGCAGAAGCUUAUGUUCUUUUCUAUAGGAAAAGCAGUGAAGAGGCACAAAAAGAGAGAAGAAGGAUAGCAAAUUUAUUGAACAUAAUGGAGCCAAGUCUUCUUCAAUUUUAUAUUUCUCGACAGUGGCUAAAUAAAUUUAAGACUUUUGCUGAACCUGGUCCUAUUUCAAAUAAUGAUUUUCUCUGUAUUCAUGGAGGUGUUCCUCCACGAAAAGCUGGUUAUAUUGAAGACCUGGUUUUGAUGCUGCCUCAGAACAUUUGGGAUAACCUGUAUAGCAGGUACGGAGGAGGACCAGCUGUCAACCAUCUGUACAUUUGUCACACUUGCCAAAUUGAGGCAGAGAAAAUUGAAAAAAGAAGAAAAACAGAAUUGGAAAUUUUUAUUCGGCUCAACAGAGCAUUCCAAGAGGAGGACUCUCCAGCUACUUUUUAUUGCAUCAGUAUGCAGUGGUUUAGAGAAUGGGAAAGUUUUGUGAAGGGUAAAGAUGGAGAUCCUCCAGGUCCCAUUGAUAACACUAAAAUUGCAAUCACUAAAUGUGGCAAUGUGAUGCUCAGGCAAGGAGCAGAUUCUGGUCAGAUUUCUGAAGAAACAUGGAAUUUUCUACAGUCUAUAUAUGGUGGAGGGCCUGAAGUUAUCCUGCGACCUCCAGUUGUUCACAUUGACCCUGAUGUACUACAAGCAGAAGAAAAAAUUGAAGUAGAAACUCGGUCUUUGUAAUUUUGAGGGUAUAGAGAGUUUUAAUGAGAAAUCAUUUUCAUUUCCUCUCACAUACACUGGCAAAAACAUUCCUAAAAGCAUGUUUAUUUUCUUGAUUUUUAAUAUUUUAUUCCUUCUUACUGGGCAUUAUGGAAGAAUGUGUUAAAAUAUGUGAUAUACUACAGGUUGGUAUAUUUAAUGCUAGAUAACUUAUCAUAAAGUCUUUCAGUGUAAUAUUUUUGAAAGGAAAGGGAUAUUUGUGAUCAUUUGUUAAUCAGUAGGUUAUCUUUGAUCUUUAUACUACAUGCAAAUCCAUACUAUCCUUUGUAGUUUUGUAAAUACUUUUGCUUUGGAAAUUUUUUCAUUACCUUAAAACACCAUAACUCUGACCAAUCUUCAGUUCUCCAAAACCCUAAUUUAAUUGUAUAGUUUUGACAUGGCUUCAUAUAAUAAAGAGCCUAUUUUAAAUUGAGAGUUGUAGUCAGAAAAAUGUUAAUUUCCUAAAGCUCAGGAAUCGUUAGGGUGUCACUUCUUUUGCACUGCAGCAUAUAAACUAGCAUAUUAAUAUUUACAAUAUGUCUUUUUGAAUGUAUCAAGGAUGUAAUUAGUUUGAGUGGAAUUUGUGUCAGCAGAUGUCCGUAACUUAUUGCCUCUUAUACUGUAAAAUGUUAAACUCUAAUUCCUAUAACCCUGGAUAGUAUUCAUUAAUAUCAGUAAAAAACUUAGAGUUAGUUUUAGGGCACUUUUUAUUUUGAGAGCAUGAAGUAUGGAAUGUGUUGAUGAGAUUGUUGAUACAGCUGAAGCUACUUGCAAAAUGAUUUUUUUAAUGAAAUGCAUAAAGUCUUUUUGAAUAAUAUAGUAUGCACCGCUAUUUGCUUGAUUAUGUGAUGUCAAAAGUUUAACUAUAUUCCAAGUACAAAACAAACUGGAUUACUUUGAGGAUGUGAAUAGCAUUCAUGAUGGGUUUGUUUUGGUGUGGGGCACCUGCCACCAGCUGAAACAGUGUUGUUAAAAUUAGUUCAAUAAAAAUGAUUUUAAAAUGUA